UACAAUCUCUUUCCUUUUGCAAGAUGGCGCGUGGUGGAGCCAGUAAGCGCGAUGCCGGCGAUUCGGGGUUCCUCGGGUUCCGGUCCGGUUCGGCGGACCCCGGGGCCGCGAGGCGGCGACGACGCGGGCCACGGAACAAGAAGCGGGGCUGGCGGCGUCUCGCGGAGGAGCCGCUGGGGCAGGAGGUGGACACGUUUCUGGAAGACGUGCGGCUGCAGGAGCGCGCGGCCGGGGGCCUGAUCUCAGACACUCCGGAUGAACACCUCUUCUUUGUGGACACGGGGAACCAAGAGAAGGACUUGAAGAUAAAUCAGCUCCUGAAGAAGCCUUUUUGGAUUGAUCGGGUUUUAGAAUCACGUUCCAAAGUACCUUCCCCAAAGAACAUCCUUGCCCACCAGAUCCCCAAUGGGAAGAAGCUGAAACGCAAGCAGCGCUUGUGGGAGCACUUGGCCCAGCAGGGAAAGCUGCCCCGGGAGGUGCGGAAGGCCCAGGCCCGACUACGUCAGCCCCCAGAGCCAAAGACCAAGCCUUCUGACCCAGAGGAAACGGCUGGCCGACCAUUCUAUGACCUCUGGGCCAAGGACAAUCCUCUGGACCACCCCUUGGUUGGCCAGGACACCUUCUUCUUGGAGCAGACGAAGAGGAAGGGAGUAAAGCGACCUCAGCGCCUACAGACCAAGCCCUCUCAGGCCCCGGCUGUGGAAGUGAUAUCUUCUGGAGGCUCUUACAACCCCUCGUUCCAGGCCCACCAGGCCCUGCUCCUGGAAGCCCAUGAAGUGGAGCUGCAGAGGCAGAAGGUGGAAGAGAAACUCAGUCGUCAGCUGGCCUUCCCCACUGUGGAUGAGGCCCCCACCAAGGAGUCUGCGUUCAAGGAGCUGUGUGAAGGGCUCCUGGAGGAGUCGGACGGGGAAGCUCCUGCAGAGCCGGAAGGAGAGGAGGAUGCAGGUUUCCAGGCACACAGACCCCCAGGCCCAGAGAAGAAGACAGAGCAGCAGAGGAGGCGGGAGAAGGAGGCCCAGAAGCUGAGAGCCCAGCAGGCGGCAGAGCGGGCGGCAAGGACGAGGCGCCAGGAGGUGUUCCAGCUCCGUGGCAUCAGGAUGCAGGUGGCCCAGCGGCUGGCGGAGCUGGCCCGGCGGCGAGAGAGACGGAGGUUGAAGCGGCUGGCGGAGGACGCGAAACCCCGACGGCUGGGUCGUCUUAAAUAUCAGGCUCCGGACAUUGAUGUGCAGCUCAGCACUGAACUGGCCGAUUCCUUGAGGAAGCUAAAGCCUGAGGGUAGCAUUCUUCGGGACCGAUUUAAGAGCUUCCAGAGAAGGAACAUGAUAGAGCCUAGGGAAAGAGCCAGGUUCAAGCGGAAAUACAAGGUCAAGCUGGUGGAGAAGCGGUCCUUCCGGGAGUUCCAGUUGUAGCAGCCCUUCUGGACACCUGCUCUGCCUGACCUCUGAUGCUCCAUUAAAAGUCCUUUGGCCUGGCCUCUUCAUGCUCCAAGUCUCAGUCCAUCCUUGGGUCUGUCUUAUCUUGCUUGUGGUUCCUGAGAACCUCUGCAGAGAGGUUUUGUUCCCCCAGGGAACUGCCGGUCCUUCACGCAGAAGCCUUGUCUCCUGAGGGUCAUGCUCAGCCGAGAGUCUGCCAAAUUCUAAUAAGGUCAUUAAAAAUCACAGUGAGCGUGUAGAAAAGACAGUGGUGUUUGGGGUAAUUACCCAGGGAGGCUUUGUCAGGCAGCGGGCGAGCAGCAGGCUGGAUGUAGGCAGGCCGCCUCAGUUUUAGCACGUGUUUGCUCUUGGGUGGCUGGAUGAGCGGAGUCUGCUCAGGUAGAUUCCCAGCUGGUAGAAGACUGGGAGUCCCGGGGUCUGGGGGCAUCGGAGGAGACAUUCCAUGCCGUCCCUCUCCACCUUGGGCGGGAAGCCCUUUAAGGUCCUCCCAGCUGCCUUGGCUUCCCCUUGAAGACCACUUUGCAUCUGCUCUGGAUGGAUCUUUUAUGUGCUCUAAUGCUGGGGAGGGACCACUUUUUUUCCCCUGAUAUCUCCACCAUUCAUACAGCCCACGCCACCAAUCCCCUGCUUAAUAAGUAUUUCUGAGGUUGGUGAUAGCCCUGAUACAGGCCAGAGCACGAACCCCAGAUGUAGCCCACAGGUGCCGCUGAGCCCUUGUGGUCUUGCCUCGAAGGUCGUGCGCACAUUAGUCAGGGGCCACUGUGGAGUUGAGGGCUCCGUGUCACACCCACCUCCUUGCCACUCCUUUAGGAUUUUGUUGAGUGCCUUCUGAGUCCCCAGAACGUAUAUUGAGGGUGCAGGUAGAUUUGGCAACUUAAAAGAAUUUCCAGAGCUCAUGUAAGACAGCUUUUGUGAGGAACCUGUAGGCAACACCAGGAGAAAGAGACUUCCCCAGUCAACUUUUAUUGGCUGGGUAUUUAUCUGGGCAGAUAGCUCAUCACUCCCUGCUGUGCCCUCCAAAGAGCUGGAGCCUCCCUUGGCAGGGAGAGGCAUUUCAGUCACUGCACCCCAGCAGACAGCAGCCCGGAGGGGAGGAGAGACACUGCCUGGCAGACUAGAUGCUUGGCAGAUAACUUCUUGAGACAUCUCUAGAGGGCACCGAUGGUGCUGAGGUACCAGGUGAGAGUUCACCUGACCAUGUGUGUCCUCUAGGAAUGUUCCCAUGUGUACCUGGUGUGCUUUCCGACACAUUUGCCUUGCACGUGAGGUCUCUGAAUGUGUGCCCUCUCCAUUGGUAUUGGGAUAACCUGUGUACCCCAUGUGUGAAUGGGGAAAUAUUGGCGGGGGUUAUUCAGUUUGACUUACUAAAUGUAAACGUUGUGCCGAGGCUUCAGAACUGUGGUUUUGAGUUGUUGAAUGCUGGUCAGGAAGGCCUGUGUGGGAAAUGAUAAGGAACCCUUGAAGGCUGCAUCCCGAUAGGAAUGUUUAAGGCCCAGAGAGGAAAGGACCUGUCCAAGGUCCUGCAGUGAAGUAGGGGAGGAGCCCAAGCUGAGCUCUGGUAAAGGGGAGAAUCAGCAUUUCCAUCACUUCCCUUAGGGUCCUGUUUUCCCAGUCUCAUUGGGGUUUUGCUUUUUGCUUUUCUUAACCUUGUGUGGAGUCCCAGCAGCAACUCGUAGGGCCCUUUACUGCAAAAUCACUUUCCUUUAGGGAUGAUUUACAUUUUCUUGCUUUUUUUAAAAAAUAAAUUUAUUUUUGACAAUCA